GAUGCAGUGUGGUGGGUGAAGGUGAACGUGAGAAAUAUUACAUAGAUUCAUAUUCUAUAUAUAUAAAUAUAUAUAUAUGUAUAUGUGUUAGUUGAAUAGAGCUGUGUGUUAGUGCUGUGUGACACUACUGUGAGCCUCGUACACACUCAGUCAUGGCCGGUCUCUCCAGCUACGCCCUGCGCAUGGCCAGGCUCAGCGCGCAGAUUUUCGGGGAGGUGGUGCGACCAACAGACUCCAAGUCCAUGAAGGUGGUCCGGCUGUUCCAGGAGCCCCCCAUGGCCCAGAAGAAGGAGGUGUAUGACUGGUACCCACAACACAAGAUCUACUACGCCAUGACCCAGAAGCUGAGGUUCAUGGGUCUGUUAAGAGACGAGCACCAGGACUUCAAGGAGGAGAUGCUUCGUCUGAGGAAGCUGAGAGGAAAAGGGAAACCAAAGAAAGGAGAGGGGAAGAGAGCCACCAAGAAGAAAUGAGCUCCAUCUGUACACAGGACUUUAUGUGUGUUUUAUUUUUGGUGUGGAGGUGGACAGUACUGAUCUGUGGACGCUUACUCUUCAUCUAAUGACUGAACCAUCAUCAGUAACUAAUACAGCAGACCUGAAGGAGCUGUGAACACUGGAGACAAGAUUCCUCUCAACAUUUUCUAUGUGACAAAUAAAAUAUUAGGUUAACAUUACAAAGUAAACAUUGUUCUCUGUG